UAGAUUGGAAGUUUUAAAAUGUUAAAAGAGCUGUCUGGUAUUAGUGCUGUUUUCUUUGUCUCGCAGAAUAACUUUUGCCAUACAAGUAAUAUUUCACUAAUAGCAUUCUUCAGGGUGCUAGCAUAGAAUUAGGCCCAACUGCUAUUUGAAGUGUUUAAUAAAAAAUAAGAACUUGUUGUUAGACCAUGUCUAUUUUGUGCUUAACUGUAUCAGAGAAACAAAUACCUUGGUAAAGUGUUUUGGAGGCUGCCAGAACACAGAAACUGGUAGUUUUUGUAGCAAGGCUUAUUUGAUUUGUACUAGUUGUUUUCUGGGCAAGAUGAUGCUGUGGUGGUUCUGCUUUGGAACAGAGCAGUCAAAAGCUUGUAAGCUUGUGGAAGAAUCUGGGUGAUGAGGUAUGUGUACAACACAAGGCAAUCUCUCUUUUUUCAUCCUGUCAAGUGCCAUGUGUGAGGUGGUUGACUCACAUCCCACAGAUAAAAGCUUGCUCUGCACCAGUAGUGAUUGUGCAACUCUUCGCUGGAGUCACUUGCAGAAGCUUUUGCUGUUGGAGAUGAUGGGAAAAGGAUGACAUGGUUGUAGCCUCAUUAUCUGAGGCUGGGUUUAACCAGACCCCUGAAGUUUUGAACAGUUUUGCAGGUAUUACAUCCUCAGCAGCUGCUGUGCAUGUAACAAACACAACCUCUUGUCUUUACUUACAGAAUCGGGCCACUUUCAAAUUUGACCCUGCAGAUGAAGACAAAAGAAAGAAACUGUGUGAGGGAAUUCUAAACAUCCUUGAAAAAGACACAAAAACUUCAUGUCAAGUUGCCUGCCUGGAGGCCCUCCGGAUUCUCUCCAGGGACAAGAAAGUUUUAGUGCCUGUAACCACAAAGAGGAACAUGCAGAUCCUUAUGAAGCUAGCAAAGCUGGACACUGUGGAAGAUCCUCUGGAGAGAGUAUCUGAAUUUCCUGUGAUAGUAGAAGCCUUAAAAUGCCUCUGUAACAUAAUUUUUAAUAGUUCAGUUGCACAGAAGCUCAGUUUGGAACUGAAUCUUGCAGCGAUGCUCUGCAAUCUUCUGCAGAAAUGUAAGGACCGGCAGCUGGUUGAUGACAUUAAAUGCUUUGAUUUGCGUCUCCUCUUCCUCUUGUCACUUCUGCACACAGAUAUUAGAGCACAGCUGCGUCAGGAGCUGCAAGGGGUGCAGGUUUUGACUCAGGCUUUGGAGAGUUCCCUGAGUGUAAGAUGGACAGAAGAAUAUAAAGCAGCAGAAGAUCGUGACAGGCCUCCUCUAUCUUUGCAAGAGACAGAUUGUGCCAUUGAGGCAUUAAAGGCUCUAUUUAAUGUAACACUUGACAGUUGGAAUGUCCACAGCAAGAAUGAAUCUCAUCAAUUUCGUUACAUGGCUGCCAUCCUUCGACACUGCUUAUUAACCACGGGCCCUACUGAAGAAAAAACUGAAGAGUUGCACAGCAAUGCAAUCAACCUCUUAAGCAAUGUUCCUGUUUCUUGCUUGGAUGUCCUUAUUAAUCCAUCAUCCCAAGAGGAAACAGAUAUAAAAUACAAUGGUAUGAAUAUGGGAGCUAUUCAGAUUUUACUGGAUUUCAUGGAGAAGAGGAUAGACAAGGGAAGCAGCUAUAGAGAAGGUCUGACUCCAGUUCUCAGUUUAUUAACUGAAUGCUGCCGAACUCACAGGAAUAUCAGGAAGUUUAUCAAAGCUCAGGUACUGCCUCCACUAAGAGAUGUCUCAAACCGUCCUGAAGUUGGUACAACAGUGAGGAACAAACUCGUGCGCCUUAUGACACACGUAGACCUUGGAGUAAAGCAAAUUGCAGCAGAAUUUCUUUUUGUUCUUUGUAAAGAGAGAGUUGAUAGCUUGUUGAAAUACACAGGCUAUGGUAAUGCAGCAGGAUUGCUGGCAGCCAGGGGCCUGCUAGCUGGAGGAAGAGGAGAUCAUUGGUACUCAGAUGAUGAAGAUACAGACACAGAAGAAUACAAAUCUGCAAAGCCAAACAUUAACCUUAUCACUGGUCACUUAGAAGAACCAAUGCCCAAUCCAAUGGAUGAAAUGACAGAAGAACAAAAAGAAUAUGAAGCUAUGAAGCUUGUCAACAUGUUUGAUAAACUUUCCAGAGAUGAGCUCAUAAAGCCAAUGGGAGUUCGGCCUGAUGGGACAAUGGCUCCAUUGGAGGAAGCAGUCAGCCAGUACCAUACCAGCAAGCAAGAGAGCUCAGAUUCAGACUAAGGCAUCACCUGCUUCACUCUCAAUUCUCCUCUAAUCCGCACUUCUCCUUAGAGCCACAUCUUUUAUCCUCGCAUUAGCCAGCAUCACUUUAACUGUUCUAUAUUGGCAUAUUUAAAUGAUGAGUCCUGUGCUGUAAUGUCUGAAUUUUUAUUAUGUCUGUUUAGAGAACAUAUCAAUUUAUUAGUUUAUGAUCUUUAUUAAUUUAAAAUUAAAUGUAUUUCAAAUGGAGAAAAAGUGAAAGCCUACAGUGUAAAAUAAAGUCCACUUUCAUUUUCCAGAAUCUUGUUUUCUGAACUCUGUAGGUUUUCACAUUCUUGAUAAUCUUUUGUAUUGUCUUGCCAGUCUUCCUCUUUAUAUAAUUGUAUUAAUGAAGCGUGUUUACUUAAUGGCAUUAGGAACAGAGGGUGUUUAGACUUAGAAGUCUGACCUUGUGAGGCUGCUUUAGCUAGCAUUGAGCCGUGAUUUCAAAGCUCCCGUUUUUAAAGUGCCCUGGGGUUUCUUACUGCUACAAACGUCUCCAGUUAAGCUGCUCCUUAAGAUUUUAACAAUGUGUCAGUGACAGACUGCUUCUAAAACUGCCUUUAAAUUGGGAACAAGAUGAUGUACCUUGUAUGUCUUCCCUCCCUCCCUGGUUAAGACCACACAAAUAUACUCUCUCCUCCCCUCUUUGCUUAAGUAAAAACAUCCCUAUUGAAAAUGGUGUUCAAGUAUUGCACUUAAAUGUUGCCAUGAAUGGGAGGGGACUGGAGUGCAUGUGCCUGUGUUUCACUGAAUUGGGCCUACUUUUGGAGAUUAACUGCUAUGCCUCAAUUGAAGUGAAGUCAAACUAAUCAACAAAGAAAUAUUUCCUCUUAGAACUUAGGAAGCAAUGGGAUAGAGAACGGGAGGGGUGGAAGGAGAAGAAAGUGUCACUUUCAAUUCUGUACUUUUUAAAAGCAAAGAUUAAAGUUUUAGGCGU